AUGGCUCUGUCUUCCAGCAGCGAGGGCCAGCAGCCGCAGCAGCGGAGUCCUCUGGAGCUCGCAACCCUCUUUCGGGUACAAGCAAUGCUGUGGAACAUGCCCAGGCCAGGUAGCCAGGACUACUCCGACUUGACGGAGUUUGAUCUUGAAUGUGUUCGCCACGCUGGUCUGAGUGCUCUUGAGUACUUGCAGAAGUCCGACGAGCACCUCAGAGUCCACUUGGAGGAGAUUGUCGACACCCUAACCACGCUCCGUUAUGGUGUUUCCUCGGGCGGGGAUAUCGAGUACAUAAGGACAGCAAUGGUGCCGACCCAAAAGAACCUGCCGAAGCACUACCCUGUCUAUAUGCAGGAGCAGACACAGUAUGCCUUGCUGAUGCUCGAGAAGCAUGACAAGCUCCUGAAGCAAGGCAUGACACGCGAGCAGGAAAACUCUGUAGUCUUCUUUACGCAGACCCGGGCACAUGCUGGAAGAUUUUGGCUCGCCUGCUACCAGCCCCCGUGCUCUCGAGGCAUGCCGCUGCCACCAGCACAUGCCAGCAUGGGGUUUCUGACCCGGUGGAGCAUCGCUCUGUCCCGUGAGGACAAGUGGUGGGUGCUGCGCUUUCUGCGCCGACGCCUCAUGGCGCACUACCGGAGCAUUAGCUCUGUGCGUCUGGAGGGGCUUCUGCGGGUGGCGUAUCAGGUGAGGGCCCGUGAUGAUCAACAGUUCCGACUUCUGCACCUCCUCUACCACCACAGCGAGUUCACUCAGCCUGGGGCAAAGAAUAUGCUGGUGGCAACGCGUCUUUGCGCUCCGGAAUGGACACAGCUGCGAAGCUUGGAGAAAGCCCUGAUGAUAGCAGUCGGUGACGACUUCUUCUCCGACUUGCUGGUUCAUCUGGACUACUUUCUCUACGUCCUGAAUCUCCUGUCUUACCUGGUGCACCUGCAGCACCGCACGGUCUACGACAUGGACGAUGUGCUCGGAGCAAUCGACGCUGAGCUCGGGAAGCUGGGCGGCGUGUAG